UUGGUUAGUUAAUAAAAAUUUAGUUCUCGCAGCUUAAUAGAGCUGUUGCAAUAAUUCGCCGAGGCGCGACAAUUUAUCGAUAAAAAAUUCUGUUAGCAAUCAUUGGCCAAAGAGAAUAUUUCUAAUUAAUUUCCAACGUAGACAUGAACGCCAUUAAGAAACGCCUGCAGACGUUAAAGCUUGAGAAAGAUCUCGCGAUGGACCGAGCUGAUUUGUGCGAUCAGCAGGCGAAGGAGGCAAAUCGGAAGGAAGAGAAAUUAAAGGAUGAGGUACGUGAAUUGGCGAAAAAGCUGCUGCAAAUGGAGCAUGAUUUGGAAGUGAGUAAGGCCCAAUUGCUGAAAUCAAACAGAGAUCUUGAGAUAAAGGAGCGGAUCUAUAUCGUGACGCAGUCGGAGCUGGCGGUGUUCAAUAGAAAAAUGCAGCAGUGCAUGCAGAAUUUAGAAAAGUCGGAGGAGCGACGUUUGUCGGCUCAAGUGAAACUUGCGCAAGCCACGGAAACUGCCGAAGACGCAAAGCGCAUCUGCAAAGUCCUGGAGAACAGGAGCAAACAGGACGAGGAGAGAAUGGACCAAUUGAUGGCGCAGCUGAAGGAGGCGAGGCUUAUCGCUGAAGACGCUGACACGAAAUCGGAUGAGAUUUCGAGGAAAUUGGCGUUCGUCGAGGACGAGCUCGAAGCGGCGGAAGAAAGAGUUAAAUCAAGCGAAGCGAAGAUUCUCGAGAGGGAAGACGAGUUAUUUAUCAUCGGUAAUAUAUUCAAGUCCUUAGAGGUGUCUGAAGAAAAAGCUAAUCAAAGGGUGGAAGAAUUUAAAGAGCAGCUGAAGGAGUUGAAAGUGAAACUGAAGGCUGCUGAAAAACGUGCCAUAAUUGCAGAGAAAACUGUCAAGAUAUUUACGAAAGAAAUGGACAAGAGAGAAGAUUAUCUGCUAAAGGAAAAGGAAAAAUACAAAUACAUCUGCGACGAUCUGGACUCUACGUUUUCGGAACUUACGGGAUACUAAACUUAUAAUAUUAUAUUGUCAUUCAGAAAAUUUGCAUUGCACAGAAACAUAAAUAUAAAUUCUCAAGUCUAUUGAAUAUCCCUGGUGGAAAUU